AUGGUCAAAAGAAAGAGCGAGGAUGCGCAGCUGGGCGCUCGUGCUGUCAACGGAAAGAAUGCCAGAUUCGCCGAAUCGCCCAAGGCAAACAAGCCCGUCAAGAAAUCUCAAACCACAAAGGCCGCCAAAUUCUCCACCAAGCCCGCCGUCGCAAAGAAAGAGCCCAAGUCCGAGCCCAAGUCCGAGUCUAUCUCUAUUCAAGUCGUCACCGGAUCAUACGAACGAGUGCUCCAUGGCUUCGCUGCUACCAUCGACGAGGACGUGAUCGGAUCAGAAAAGUCACCAGAAGAGCAGAAGGAGCCUACAUACUCGGAUACCUUCUUGUUUGCUGCCCACUCGAGCGCUGUACGCUGUUUGGCCGUCUCAGCACCCAACGAGGCUCACAAACGUGUCCUUGCGACUGGCAGCACCGACGAGCGCAUCAACCUGUUCAACAUCUCGACCUCCCCGCCAGUCGUCAGCUCAAAGCCCCAACUCCCGUCCCUCUCGGCCACCAGUAUCAUCGAGAACCCUCGCAACAAGGAACUCGGCAGUCUGUUACACCAUGCGCGCAGCGUCAACAAGCUACAAUUUCCUACCAGGGGCAAGCUCUUCAGUGCAGCAGACGACAACACCGUCGCUAUCUCAAGGACUCGCGAUUGGACUGUCCUGUCGACAAUCAAGUGCCCAAUCCCGAAGGCUGUUGGAAGACCUAGCGGCGACACUGCUGGACCCGGAGAAGUGCCUACUGGAGUCAACGACUUUGCCAUUCAUCCCAGCAUGAAGGUCAUGGUUACUGUGGGCAAGGGUGAAAGAUGUAUGAGAUUGUGGAACUUGGUCACCGGCAAGAAGGCAGGAGUCUUGAACUUUGACAAGAGCUUGUUGCAAGCCGCUGGCGAGGGCAGGUAUAGCAGCGGUGAAGGCAGGAAGCUGGUGUGGGGUGAGGACGGCGAGGAGUAUGUUGUUGGGUUCGAGAGAGGAGCUGUGGUCUACGGCAUGGACUCGAUGCCCAAGGCCAUCAUUCGCCCAUCACCACCUACCAAACUCCAUCAAAUGCGCAUUGUGCCUGCUGGCGAAGACAAAAGUAUUGUCGCCAUCUCCACCGAGGACGGCAGAGUCAUCUUUUACGACUUGAAGACAACGGUUGAGAGUGAGAAGGAGGACGAGGAGGUACCACAAUGCGCCGCGCUGGGUCAGCUGGGAGGUAAUCAAGCUGGCUUCAGCAGCAGAGUGAAGGACUUUGAGGUCGUGCAGCACAAAGCAGGAGCACCCCUGACCAUUGUCACGGCUAGCAGUGACGGAGCAGUCAGGAUUUGGAAGUGCGGUCUGUCUGAUAUCCUGGCAGGUGCAGAGGGAGCGACGCGUCAAGUCGGCACGCCGAUAGGAACGCACGAGACCGGUCACCGCAUCACAUGUCUGGUGGCAUUUGUGAUGGACGGCCCUCCGGAGGUGGCAGACGACGACGAGGAUGAUGUGCAGGACAUGCCCAAAGAGGCAGGCAGCGAUAGCGACGACGAAUAG